GUGCGCAGGAGCCAAGCGCAGAAAACCACCACAAAAAGCAGCUUGUGGAUCUAAUUCUUUUCGAAUCUGGUCGCUUUAAAAAGAAGCCCCGGGAGAAAACGGGAGAAAUGCCCGGUAACUGGCGUCGAUGCGCGCGUCUGAAAAUGACGACAGUGGGACAGUGAAUCUCUUCCUUCAGCCUCAGCUCCAGUUGGUCAUAUUUUACUGUCAUAUGCUCGGAUGUAUACACAUCACCCAAGAGAAGCACGGACUGGAAGAAUAGUCUUCACCGCUCCAACGCUCAGGGCCAGAGGAAGAAGACGCACAAGUGCGCGCAGGAGCAUCUCGGCGAAGCGGCAGCUCUUUAAUUACGCGUGGAUUGGGCUCGUUUAUGGCGCGCUCUCGGAGGGAUUUGGGGGGAAACUUACUUAGUGCGUCCUGAAGCGGUCGAUAAAGAGUGAAGGCACAACCUCCUCGCUACGAUGAGUAAUUCUCCUCAACGCAGUAACUGGUAGACGCGAGAAGAGCUGGACUGCGACUGGCGCGUUUGGAUACCUACCCCAGCCUCUCCACCGCUCUAUGGCUGCUAUGUUCUGUCAGGCGCACUCCCGCUGCUGAUGUUUCAUGGCUGUGCGCAGCAACAGUAGCGCGGGGCGAAAGAGGACGGUGCAACGAGACUAAAGACAGUCAAGACACUGCACUUUAUUUCUCCGGAGGAGCAUUGCGCACGGGCUGCACCAACUACUCACACGGACUUUCCCUGCGCUUCCUGCCUUACAUCUUUCUCAUUUCUUUCGCUGCUGUCAUCGUAGUAUGUCUGCACUUCGAAAGAAAUUUGGGGACGAUUACCAGGUAGUGACCACUUCCUCGAGCGGGUCCGGCUUCAGUCAGCCUCCACCGGAGAAGAAGAGAAAGAGACAGCGCUUUGUGGACAAAAACGGGCGAUGUAACGUCCAGCAUGGGAACCUGGGUGGUGAGACCAGCAGAUACCUCUCAGACUUGUUCACGACUCUGGUGGAUUUGAAAUGGCGCUGGAAUCUCUUCAUCUUCAUCCUCACCUACACGGUGGCUUGGCUCUUCAUGGCCUCCAUGUGGUGGUUAAUCGCCUACAUGCGGGGGGACCUCAACAAAGCCCACAACGACCAGUACACGCCAUGUGUGGCCAACGUGUACAACUUCCCUUCAGCCUUCCUCUUCUUCAUAGAGACCGAGGCCACUAUAGGCUACGGCUACAGGUACAUCACGGACAAGUGCCCCGAGGGCAUCAUCCUCUUUCUGUUCCAGUCCAUCCUGGGCUCCAUCGUCGAUGCCUUUCUGAUCGGAUGCAUGUUUAUCAAAAUGUCUCAGCCCAAGAAGAGGGCCGAGACACUGAUGUUCAGUGAGCACGCCGCUAUCUCCAUGCGUGAUGGCAAACUAACUCUCAUGUUCAGGGUGGGCAACCUGCGUAACAGCCAUAUGGUCUCCGCACAGAUCCGCUGCAAACUGCUCAAAUCCCGGCAGACCCCAGAGGGAGAGUUCCUUCCUUUGGACCAGUUGGAGCUGGAUGUGGGGUUCAGCACCGGAGCAGACCAGCUCUUUCUGGUGUCUCCACUCACCAUCUGCCACGUCAUCGAUACCAAGAGCCCCUUCUACGACCUGUCCCAGCGCUCCAUGCAGACGGAGCAGUUUGAGAUCGUGGUCAUCCUGGAGGGCAUCGUAGAGACCACAGGUGAGUAA